AUGAAAUUGGUUCAUCCAUAUACACACGUUAAAUUAAUCGCUGCGAAAGAAGCAAAUGUUAAACGUCUCAUCAACAUCCAUAGAGCUGGUGGUGAUUAUCACAGAAAAUCAUUAAGUCGCCCCAGCAAAGUUUCUUCAACAAAUAAAGUUUCUGGAGAAUUGGUUAUUAUUCUUAGUUCAGCACCUAUGAAAUUAAGCUGA